AUGUUCAAAAACUAUUGCAUUUGGAUAUGGACAUUAAAAAUUGAACGAAUUGGUAAUCUCAUUGAAGCACAACCAAACGUAUUAUAUUCAAUGACGAAAGCAAAAUUGUUGGGUGAAGCGGCUAAUUGGUUUACAACAAAUCAAGUAACAUUGACAGAGUGGGAAGAAUUGAACGCCCAGAUGUUGACACAUGAAUCAAUCAUUACUUAUUACGAUUCUAUUAUCAAACUAUGUCGUGAAUAUGACCCUUCAAUGUCAGACAAAGUGAAAAUUUCAUUUUUAGAAAAGGGUUUGAAAGACGAAUUGAAGAUACAAGUGAAGCGACAAAUGAGAGCAUUAACAGAACAGAUACCACACGCAUUUUUACAAAUAGCAAAAGCGGAAGCUGAAUUACUGUCUGAAGUACAACUACCAUCUGAACAUAGUCGUAUUUUAUUCCACCCACGAUAUCAGCAAUUACACGACCUGCUUACUUCUCACAGCGCAGUGACUGAAAUUGGAAAUAAUGAUCACGCUGGCGAUGACAGUGGUAUCGGUAAGUGUGAGAUGAUUAAUUGUUGUUUCCUAUUACUUAUUGGUUCAAUUUAGUCCUUCACAAUGAUCUUUUCUUUUUUUUUCUUUUUUUUUUUUGUUGAGAUUCUGUAUACGAAUAAGGAUUAAAUAAUUAGAAAUAAGACUGCUUUUUUAUUCGUAAAAAAAAAUAAAAAUUGUAUCUAUAGCUAGACGUUUCAAUUUAUUUGCUAAAUUUUCAUCAGUAGCCAGACAGAAAAUUAAAAGUAUAACAUUAAAUUCAUAAUUAAAAACAUAAUAAAGUAUUAACGUUUAACAA